AAUGCUUUGUCCUUUUUAGUCUGUCCUAGACCACCUGCAGUACCAUUUGCUUCUGUCAGUAUAGCCAAAGCAGAAUACAAUGUUGGAGAAAAAAUUAUAUACCACUGUCAGCCUGGGUAUCUUUAUCAGUCAGGCAAAUGGAGAUAUACCUGCCCUUUCACUGGCAGAUGGCCUUCUAUUUCCAUAAAAUGUGUAGCACCCAAAAAAUGCAACCAACCUGAACCCUUGAUGAAUGGAAAUGUACAUUUCACAGGCCUUGACUUUAUGAAUUUUGCAAAUUAUUCAUGUGAUUCUGGGUAUAUUCUACGAGGCUAUGAAAGCAGACUAUGCCAGGCAGAUGGGCAAUGGAGUGAAAAGCUUCCUAAAUGUCAUCCUGUGAUUUGCCCUCCACCACCAGUUUCGGAGUUUUCAGUCCUUUCUUACCAAAGACUUAAGCCAGGAAACAUAUCAGUCUUCCAAGAUGAAAUCAAUUUUCAGUGUUUAUUGCCUUAUGUUCUAUUUGGAAAUGAAACAGCUGUCUGUCAGGCUGAUGGGAAUUGGAGUGCACUUCCAGAAUGCAAAGCUGUGGAGUGUUCACAACCAGAAGAUAUAGAAAAUGGAUAUAUAUAUUUGCUUCUUCGCAGAGCAUAUCGUUACAAAGAAACUGUUACCUAUGGUUGUAAUCCAACAUAUGUCCUGGAUGGCCCUACAGAAUCCAGAUGUGAGAAGACAGGCCAGUGGUCAACAAAACCAAUUUGCAGAGCUCCAUGUGCAAUUCCUGUCAAAAAAGCCACUGUGUUGUACAACAACCAGAAAGUAAAGUUGCAAGACCAUUUCCAGAAUGGAAUACAACAUGCUGAGAGCAUCUGGUUUUUCUGUAAAAACAAAGAACAGAACUGUAGUUAUAAAGUAGCUGCUCAGUGUGAUGAUGGCAAUUUUACAGUCCCUGCCUGCUUCAAAGAACGUGGAUGGUUUGCGUCCUACUUCAAAACAGACAUAGCAGACUUGUCACCAUGCGAGACUGCUAACUGAAAAGGCUAUAUCCAAGUGUUGAUAAAAGAUGAAGUAUACAGAUGAAGCAUUGAAGUUUCUCCUAGAUCACAUCUACUAGCAAUGUAAACACAUUGUAGCCAGUUUAUCCUAAACAGGCUUUAAAAAACAGCAAUGCUACUUUUGCAUUUAAGAUACGUAAUCUUUUGUGCAUUUUCCCCUCACAUUAUAUUUUAAGUUCCAUGUGCUCAGUUUUCUUAAAGCAUACUACCAUGUAGAGGUUAAUGUAAUGGAAAAGAAACUUAUACUAAAGAUACUGUGUUAGCAAUAGUGCUUUGGUCUAGAUCAGCAUUACUUUUCUUUCAUACUUGUUUAUACAGAUUUUUGGUUUUAAUGUAACUGCACCAUAAUCUGUUGUUAUGUAUUCUAUUAUUUACCUAGUGAGCUGUAGCAAUACAAAUAGACUUCAAAAGUAAAACCAGCAGUAGCAGUGAGGUGGUGUUUGGAGAAGAAUUCAGAAGAGUGAAAGAAGAGUAGAAUGUGUUUGUGUAGAUUAGACAAAGAGAGGGCAGUAACUGUUCUGUAGGAAUGCAUAUUAAAUAAAAUGCACGGUUUAUAUUAA